GGAGAUGGUGAUGGAUUCCCUUACUCCGGCACCUGCUACUGAGGCUACCCUUGCUCCGGCACCUGCUGCCGAGGCAUCUUCUCAUCCACCACCUCCUCAUGAGGAGGACUGGAUGAAAGAAGAACGAGAGAAAGGUCGCGCACUCAAGCUAUAUCUGUCCCAGUUGGAUCCCGAUGAAUGCUUACGAUCUGUGCAGUCAACGCUAGCGGAGAUGGCGAAAGAUUCUCAAAUGGAUACCAAGUCUGCUAAACAAGCUGUGGAGAAAAGAUGGAUGGAUACUGUUACGACUACUGACCCAGAUAUCUUGAAAGCACGCUAUCUCUUUGAAAGACUUGUGGAGAAGAGAGAAACAAUUGAGAAUGGAAUGAAAUGGAUGCGAAAAGAGGUUCUUCAAGCUUUCAGAUCCUAUAUAUCAUUAGCUGGUUAUAAUAAAAAUUUUGAGUAUGAUUUUGUGAGGCUUGACUUCCAGUGUCUCAUAUAUGGCACCUUAUCAAAAUCAUACCAUCACUACAAUUUUACUAUGAGGACAAGACUGUCUCGGUCAAAGCCAUGGACCUACCAGCAGUUCUUUGCUGAAGUCAAGCCCACAGAGAAUGGAACAGAAUACUUUUGCUGCCCACUGCAGGCUAGUGAAGAUGGUCAUUGCUUUGGAUGCCGGAAGGUUGGUAUUUCUCUGAGACACCCCGAGAGUGGCGGCUACGAGAAGGGUCAUCCAGGCUCUGGAUUUACAUUUGACACUGAUAGUGAGGGUAAUGAUUGACGACUAGUGGAUUUCCUUAUGUGGGUGCUUCAUCGAGCUCGCUUCUCCACUGGAAUCACGUCGGCGCAACAUGAUGGAUGAGUUUUAGGUCUGGACUUUGAUGCUAUAUAUGAUUCGUGAAUAUGCUGUGUUUUUGUGUAACAUGUCGUAUGACUUUUUGGUCUUUCUAGUUAUUGCCAACUUUAUACAUCAAACAAA